AUGGCCCAAACACCGCAACAAAGGAGGGCAAACCUCAAGUUCGCCAAGGGGAACGAGGCGCGCAUGGGCAAGUCGGAGGAGCAGAUCAAGAAGCGGACCAAGGAUGUGCCCAAGUCCCCUAUUUCCCCAGUCUGGUUGAUCCUCCUCGGUUUCGUCGUCUUCGGCGGUCUUGUUUUCGAAAUCAUCUCGCGCAUCUUCCUCCGAUGA